AUGAAGCGACCCAACGACAACGAUGGUGACGAGCAGAAGAAGAAACCAGCCCUCGACAAUCGUCGAAACAGCUUAGCGGCCGCCAUCGAGGUUGAGAGCGAGCGUGAGUUGGUGGUGCGGGAAUGUAAUGAUGGCAAGCAGCAGUUGCAGUUUGUCAAGAACAUUGCCACCAGCACCAUUGUGCCAACGUUUGACAGCAUGAUCUUUUGUUGCAUUUUGAAGACGACGGAGCAAGGUACACAUGGCUUCCACACCAACAAUACGGUCGCGGCAGCUCGUUACGAUGAUAUUGGGAAUCCCCAGCAAACAGGUCAGUUCCAGCACACCACCAACGUCAAACCUGAAAGACAGCAGAGCAUCGGCAUCGCGCAUAGUGCCAUUGCAAGCUUGGGGCUGAGUUUCUUUCUCUUGGCCCACUUGACCAAGAAAAGAGCUAAUGUGUAG